AUGACAUGCUCACAUGAGACUUACUUUUCUCGACUUCACCUCGGCUUCGCUGUCACUCCCCUCACCGCUGUUGAGUCGACCCGGAACUCAAACGCCGGCCUCCGUAGCGCGCCCACAGGUGGUACAAAUACCCAUCAUCUCGCUCCCUCACUUCUUUUCUCCUUCAUCAACACCACCUCACACUCAGCCGCUCCUUCGGGAGUGCUGAACUUACGAACUCUGGAGGCCGCCCCGGCCCCUGGCCACGAGGGUGGCUACUCAGCCUGCGGGCUGGAGGUGGUUGACCCAUCCGAGAGGGUCAACCACCAAUCAAACAUGCUUCUCAGUUGUGGCCGCAUUGUGGCCACGCACAUUGGCCUGUGGGGGCUGACUCUUGCAUAUCAAUCCGGCAAGAGUCAGCCUCCACAAGAACACCCCGACGUUCUAACAAAGCCAGAGCUGCGCGGACGGCACCCAGCCCAUGGCAGAACAUGAGCUCAGAUUUCCUAUGGCGUGGGCUGGGUGGCCUUCGCAAGCAUGACCGAGAUCUCCCCUCCCAGGCGAUGACCUCUCCCUUCUGCCGGUGUCGCUUGCAGCAUCACAACCAACCACACCAGGGACUCGGAGCCGCCAGCGGGCGCGGCCAACCACCUCAGGUUCUGUUGCCUGGAGCACGUCAAGACAAACCACGUCGCUUUCUCUGACAAAUCCUUACCGGAAGCAACCCUUCAUACACUACCCGACUUUCAAAUCCGACAGCGCAAGUACAAAGACUUUGGGAUCUUCGGGAAUAGAACUGGAAUAUAUAUUGGCGGCACAAGGACUUAUAUCAAUCCAAGCUU